CAGAAAAUACCACAGUUCCAAACUAGGAAGAAGGGCAAGUUUGAGAAGGCGCUCCCUUACGACGACAAGCAGCAAUCAAAAACUGCGACUCGCUAUGCUGGUCAUUUUUCACGUUUUGGUGCUGAGAAAUCAACUAUGCUGUGAACAGAGUCCUGACUGUACCCAUGAUUAACUACAUGUUCUGAAUCUGAACAUCUUGGAAAGGGAACUAUGGCAACCCCUACAGAUACAAGUCUGUUGUCAGUUGAGAUGGAGGAUGAAGAGUCCGAGCUGUAUCAACAAAUACUUAUGAAGGCCGUCCAGGAAGCCCAGAGUCAGAUGCCAGAAAACCCUGCGUCAAAGCAGAUUAAGCCACAGCCAGGAUUUUGUGUCAAAACAAAGACUGCAGAUGACAAGAUAUUUAUAAACAUUUGUAAGUCUGAUCAAAUCCCAUCACCUCCUGACAUCUCUGAAGAAGAGCUGAUUGAAAUCCUUGAAUCAGAUGAACCAUCAAGUUACCGAAUUCCCAUGAGCCUUGGAGAGCCACAUGCUGAAAUUGACAACAUACGCAUUUAUCGCUAUCAAGUACUAUCCUGUUUGAAAUCUGUUAAAGCCGUGGUUGCCCUGUGA